CGGGCGUCGGUACCGCGGGUCGCGCUUUUACAUUUCCUCCAGCCGACGAUGUUUGACUCAAAGGAGUCCCGUUUGACAUCGUUUAAAAAUGCCGGAAAGAGAGCAGAUGAGAUGCGAAGACGGCGUCAGGAAGGGCAGGUCGAACUUCGCAAAAACAAACGGGAAGAGACACUUCAGAAGAAACGGAACAUCCCAGGCUUGGGAGAAGUAACGGGUGCCUCGGGUGACCCGGUUGACUCCGACAUUGACGGUGGAGAGAAACCAAUGUUGCUGAAUCUCGAUGCGAUUGUUGCAAAUGCUGCAAAUGAGGAUCCUGCCGUGCGACUCCUCGUUGUACAAUCAGCUCGCAAGUUGCUAUCCAGUGACCGCAAUCCACCGAUUGACGAACUGAUAAAAGCUGGAAUGUUACCAAAACUGGUGGCUUGUUUGCUGAGUGAAGAUCCAAAUCUUCAGUUUGAAGCUGCUUGGGCCCUUACAAACAUCGCUUCCGGUACGUCGGCUCAGACCAUCGCUGUGGUCCACUCUGGUGCCGUCCCAUUGUUUUUGAAGUUAUUGUCGUCCCCGCAUCCAAAUGUCUGCGAACAAGCUGUUUGGGCAUUGGGCAAUAUAAUCGGAGACGGGCCCACACUGCGCGACUAUGUAAUCGAACUCGGGGUCAUCAAACCGCUUUUGAAACUUCUGACACCGAAUAUUCCUCUUAACUUUCUUCGCAAUGUCACUUGGGUGAUGGUGAAUUUAUGUCGCAACAAGGACCCACCACCUCCACCGGCGGCGAUAAAAGAGCUACUCCCAGCGCUUCUAUACUUGAUUAAACAUACUGAUGAUAGUAUUUUGGUGGAUACGGUUUGGGCAAUAUCCUAUCUCACGGAUGGUGGUAAUGAACAGAUCGAGAUGGUAAUCAAUGCAGAAAUUGUUCCACAUCUGGUUCCGCUACUCUCCCACUCGAGCUUCAAGGUUCAAACUGCCGCUCUGCGUGCCGUCGGGAAUAUUGUCACGGGAUCGGAUCCACAAACACAAGUAGUUUUAGACUGUGGUGCCCUCAGUCAUUUUCCGGGGUUGCUUAACCACCCACGCGACAAGAUUAACAAGGAAGCAGUUUGGUUCUUGUCCAACAUUACUGCGGGGAAUCAGAGCCAAGUGCAAGCUGUCAUUGAUCAUGGGUUGGUACCGAUGAUCAUCCAUCACCUUUCGGAAAGCGAAUUCCUGACUCAGAAAGAGGCGGCCUGGGCAAUUUCCAAUUUGACGAUAAAUGGCAAUAUUGAGCAGGUCCGUUACGUGAUCGACCAAAACGUUAUUCCACCGUUGUGUCGCAUGCUUGGAGCCCGCGACACUCAGGUCGUCCAAGUAGUUCUCGACGGUUUGUCAAAUAUACUCGCGGCAGCAGGUGACAAUCGGGACCAAGUGACUGGGAUGAUUGAGGAAUGUGGUGGAUUGGACCUUAUAGAAGCGCUCCAAGAACAUCAGAACAUGGACAUCUACCGUCUGGCAUAUGACAUUAUUGAACGUUACUUCAGCGAGGGAAUGAAUGAUGAUGGCAGCACAACUGGGCGUGAUGAGAGACCCCUUGACGGUAACGGAAUGCCAACGGAAUCCACCACUUUUGAAUUCAACGCGGCUCCGGAAUCUACUGGUGUUGGUGGCCAAGGUGUUGUCCGGCAAGAAGGCUUCGACUUCUAGCCUAUAUCACCCCAUGAUAACUAACUUUGUGCUUGCAGUGUUUCAUUAUAGUUACUGCAUACUGUCACUAGCGAUCCUUGCUAGUCGUCCCAAAUACCGUGUUCUGUGGGAUUUCAUCAACUAAAUCACCGUUACGGAUUGAUUGUCAUCAAUGAAGGUUCAUAAUGCUUCACACGCUUUUGUAGCGGGUAUUGUUCUCUCACCAUGUUUUCCCGUUGGACAUUAGUUCUUGCAUACUGUUCGAUGCCUGGUCUCCGAAAUCUCACCGAACAAUCUUGGUUUGUUCAGCUCGUAAUUUAUUCAUUCACUCAUUUGUCAUUGUUGAGACGGAUUCCUCCUCAUCCCCAACUCCUGUAUGCUAUUUUGCAUUUAUCCAGCCACUGGUGCGGUUGUGGUUCAUUGACUGACUGACUCCAUUCCUUCAAUGUACUUUCUAUUUUUCUACCAUUUUGCAUCUUCCCUCAUGCGGCGGCACUACUCUUAUUUUGAUCAACUUCGGCGCCACUCGCUCAUUCUUCCCAUAUUUUGGAAUUCCCUACCUCCUACCCUCUAACCAAUUUUGCUCCGAGGCCCCUUGUGUCCGUAUGUUGAUUUUCACCUAUCCUUUCAUCCUAGAUUCUUUUGCAGUAGGUCUGUAUACAAAUCAUUACGGUUGCCUUGGCUGUUUGCCUCCCCCUUUUUAUUUAUCGGAAAUUUGUUUAAAACCCUCAUUUUUACCUCAAUUUUCGUUUGGCUGUUGCCUGUGAGUCUAGCACUUUUUGUCUUCCCUACUUUUCGUCCAUGGGAGCUUGCCUUCCCCUUACGGAUAUGCUGUGCGCAUGAUUAUCUAGCCUUUGUUUUUUUUUCAACUGCCCCGUUGACCACAUCUCUACCUACCUGACUUGUAGGUAUCAUCUGGUUGGCCCUUCUCGGGUUCAGUUGCCCGGUCUACACUCCUUAUUUUUGGUAUGAUUGUAUUGUUUCAUUUCACCUCUGUCUUUCGGUGCGUAUGUGUGCCCACUUGCCUUUUUGCUCUGCCUGAGAAAUUUUGGUCCGUCCUCCACUUCCUGUCCGUUGCGACAAACAGGCUGCUUCAGAAUCAACUCUCGGUAGCAGGCCCUCCACAUCCUUGAAGUCGUCUGCUUGUCUGUGAUUUUCUCCGUGUGCAUGUGGACCUUUAUUUUCCUGGACGCGACUGAAUCCAGCACGUCUACCUUGUUAACCUUGUCUUUCUUUUUCCUUACACAGCGGCUGUCGUCCUAGGUCGCUGAUCGAUCAUCCAUCCCCCAUUAUCCUGAAUUUCUCUUCGUGUUUUGCACAACAGCACCUGUAGUUUCCUUGUUCGACUACCCUGUACAUAUUUUGAGCCAGUCCUCACUUAGAUUUUGUCCUCAACGUCUGACGAACUCCAUCUCGGCUGGCGAUAUUUCGAUUUUUACCCUCAUUCCAUUUUGUAAAAGCGAAGAGCCUUCAUCGGAGUGCUGAUACGUGGUUUACCCCGGAGUAUUGCCAUCGAAAGUCAUUUUCAGUCAUGCUCUUGUGGUUGCUGUAUCUGUCGAUUUUGGUUUCUGCAUUCCCGCCUAUUGAUCUAACCUAGCAGGCGCAUCAAGUUUCUGUCCGUCGCACCUGUUCCAUUGAGACCAGGUUAGAAGCUUGCACUGAGCCGCAUACAGUAACUGUUUGGUUUGAUUUUUCAUGUUAUACGCGAUGUUUACCGAUGGAAAGCAUAUCUGUUCAACAAAUGCCGGACCGUAUACUGUGUUCUCUUUUGAAGUGGUCGGUGUUUCGCACCAGCUCUGCCGGGAAGCCGUACGCUGAUCAUCUUUCUUAACAUUUGGAAAUUAUUGAACUCAGAAGUGACCGGUGAUCAUUUUAAUUUAAGGCUUUUUCAAAAGUUGUUUCAUAAACAGGGAUCUUUACCGGUGACGGAUUUUCC